AUGUCUCUUGAGAGUUCUUUACAAGAAAUAGGCGCUGGACUUAUUUCCACCCGGGCAAAUGAGAGAAAGAAAAAUGCGGAGUCCUUGAAAAACUUCCUUACCGGGAAUGCAGUUCCUUCUCUUCUAAGCAAUAAUACAAUAAAGAAAAAGGGAUAUAAUUGGAAUAAUGUAUUCGACGACGUCCAUGAGUACAUUUUAAAGGAACUGGAGAAAUAUGAGACUUCAAAGACUUUCUUCAAUGUCACAGCACCUCUUUGCACAUCUAUAUUACACCUGUGCUUGGCUGGAUCCAAUAAAGGGCAAGCAUACAUCAGCUGUGAGAAAGUGCUGGAAGCAUGUCUGUACGUGUUGAAAGACAAGCGCAUGGCAACUGCCAUUGGGGAUGCAUAUUUGCAGUUAUUGUACAAACAUGUAUUGCCAUGUGAGCAUUAUGUGAGUUUCAUUACACCUGCAACAUGGGAAGAAUUGCUGGAAAUAAGCAUAAAUUCAUCUCUAACAAACCACACACAACUAGACAGUUACACAUUGCUGCGACUGAUAUGCAGCGUCAUCAAAAAAGCAGCUAACUGUACCCAAUAUAUUGUCCCACUGAGAAACGCUCUGCCGCUGCUGAAGAAAUGCUUCCAUAGAAUAGAGAGUGAUAAAAAAAAUCAAGAGACUGUGACUGAGAUAACUACUAUACUUUUAGAAAAGCUUUCAUCUGAAGGCAGACUGGCGAUGUGUGAAUUUACAGAAAGCAUACUACCCUUGCUUUUAAAAUAUUAUGAUCAAAAUGCUGAUCAAAAGAAGAAGGCGUCUGUCUUCAAAGUGUUACACCUCAUAGUACUUCUACAUCAUCCUGAAGGGAAACUGCAGGGAGAGAACGGAAGCCUUGCUUAUAACUGGAACAUCUGGAACAAAUAUUUGAACAGUAUCAUGGAGAUCGCGUGCUUGGAAGUGAAUUAUUUGCAAAAAUUAAGAAAACACAAUGACUCGAAUCAAUAUUUCGAGCACUAUUAUCAGUUGGCGGCGUCAGUAUAUUUUCAGAUUUUGAAUAUGUCUUCACAAUCUGCUGAUGAAACAAUGAAUUCGUCAAAGAGACAGAGAGUUACACUGAACAAUUAUAAAUGCUUCUCUGAUCUGAUUGAUGAACUACGAAACAAUCAUGUGCCGUGGCUUGGGAUUGUAUGUUCCUACAUACAAGAUUACGGCCAACAUGUGACAGCACCCGAAUAUGUGGUUUUACUGGGUGUUGCAGAAUCGCUAGUCUCAAACAAUAAUAUGCAGAGCAGUUGGAUUAUACUUGAACGGCUAACCUGUUUAAUUAUAAAUAAUUUAGUUGAGAUACCUGGUAACAAUGAGAAACUGAUGAGUGUGCCUUUGGUGGCGCUAUGGAAUUCUUGUGUCAGACACUCCCCAUCCGCCAACGAAGCUCACAAAGCGAUACAUACUAUAAUGCAAACAUUACUUCAAGUAUACAACUUUGAAUUCCACAUUGUGCAGCCAUUGCUGAAAUUGUAUUUUGAGAAAGGCAUGCCGGUCACAGAUCCCAGUACAAAAACAUUAUGUUGUGUUUUUCACAAACAUUACAGCAAAUGCAGUAAUGAGCAGGAUAGAAAGAAAUGCGUUGCUUGGUUCCUACAGGGAAACAUAAGCUCGCUAGAAAUGAAACUUGUCAGUAAUUUCCUUUUUAGAAUUUUCGUAAGUGAAAAUUCCAGUUUCGAAGAAAGUACGCCUAAGAAACACAAUGAUCCUUUGUAUGAAAUAAUAUUCAAUUCUAAAGGAAAAGAUAUUUUAUUUAGUUCAGGAGAUGUGGAUAUUAUCAAAGAAAAUGAAACGCCUAAAAAUGUCCUUCGACCCAUAGAAAUUAACUAUGGAGUAGCUGGGUUAGUACAAGAACAAUUAGAGGGAGAAAUUACUGGCCAUAUCGAAAAGUUAAAUCGACGAGAGAUUGGCCCAGUAGAUUUUAUCCAGUAUGCAAGGGUAAUUAUAACAUACAUUGACGUUAUUAUGCAAACUAGGCCGAAUAUGCUGAUUCAACAAACCGAGUUGUACACUUAUUUGAAAACUGGUUUAAAAUUGAUGGCUCGCGCUUUGGCUAAAAUGCUUAAAGAGAGCAAAGAUGCCAGAGAUAAAAUAAACAUGUUGCAAUGUAUGCAGGAGCUCUGGCUUACAGACUAUGAUCCAAUGAUGAAUUCUUUAGUUCGCUCUUGUGCGGACCAAGAGUUUUUCGCGAGUAUUAAUGAAAUACUGAGCGUACAACUGCCUAAAGACGAAGAUGAUUACGAAAAUGACUCUGAUUAUAACCCUAGCGCGACCAAACACAAUAGCAUCUGGCUGCUAGCAGCAUAUUGCCGGAAGAACUCUGAAUAUAGGGAUGACAUUUUGGAGCUUAUAUUAGAUCCGGCGUUAUAUGAGCUUACGUCUCCUUGGGACGUCAAAUGUGGCUUCCGUUGCAUCAGAAUACUUGUUGAAGAAAGCGUGGAAGAAUGUCCUCUCGCAUCCGUAUUCUCCCUUCUGAGCAAUAUGUGUAAAGCGUUAUUUCGAAACGCAGACGCAACAGAGACAAUACUUAACAUCUUACUGGACAUACUAGACCGCGUUUGGGCGCUAGACAACAAUAUGAAACAAAACUGUUUCAUUAUGAUCAAAGGGUACUUGCAACGCUGCGAAAAGUUGUACUACCCCCCUCAUGUCGCCGCUCUGAUCUUGAAGUGCGUGGCCAGAAUGGCUGUACUGAAUAAUAACAAUAAUAACGACAUGGGUAACAUCUUCAGAGAGGCCUUAAUGGAGCAGAUUAAAGGCAUCACACACGGAUUACGGUUGUACACUUGCUACCUUCUGGACGUGAUUACAAGUAAACUUAGUCAGACUGACAUAGAAGCUUUCCUUACUGGACUAUUGGACGUCUUUGUUAUAAAUGUAUCGGAUGCAAAUGAGCAGACAAUGAAAGAUGAAUUAACGAAUCGUACUUUAACGGUUCUCCAUAAUUUCCUCGUACUCGCACAAGCAAAACACUCGUCAAUCCAUAGGGUGAUUACUGGCCUUCUAUUAAUAAAGGCAGAGAAAUCAUUAGAUGUGUCAUUGGUAAAGACAUUUUUAAGUAAAAUUACAAAAACUGUGACGCGCGGAGACAUCGAUGCCUACCUCAACGAUAAUAUAGUUUCCGUCAUUCAUUUCUGGAUAUCGAAAAAUAAAAAGAUUGAAGAUUUGCCGGUCGAAGUGUUAGGAUUUGAAAAUUUCGACAGUUUUCUAGAAAACACAUGAAGUGGAUUAUUGCGGCGGAUAUUUUGUGGAACAAUGAAGGCGAUGUAAUGAAAAGCCAGUUUUUAAAUAAGAUGAAACAGAAGUUACGCAAAAGUGAAAAGAACAUUAUAGAGAUGUGUUUCCCCAACAUGAUAGUGUUAUGCUUACCAUACAUCGUGACUGAGAAGUACAGCCUCAAUUUUUCGGGCCCCGACCAAUACGCCUUCCUCCAAUCUAUGAAGCACGCCAACAAAAUGUUCAAAACC